UAGAACUGCAGCUGCUGGAUGUGGAGGUGCUGCCGUUGUUGAGGACUGCUGGAAACAGCUAUAAGUUAUCUGAGCUGCAGCUGACAGCUAUGACACUUUAAGACACAUACUGAGCGGGAGACUGUCCUUAACGUUCGGUAACAGAGCAGCGCUGAGAUGGCCAUCGCACACGUGGCUACGGAGUACGUGUUCAGCGAUUUCCUGCUGAAGGACCCGAACCAGGCUCGAUACCGCAGCGUCCGCACGGAGCUGGCGGUGGACAAGAUGGUGACGUGUGUGGCCGUGGGCCUGCCCCUCCUGCUCAUCUCUCUGGCCUUUGCUCAGGAGGUCUCAGUGGGUACUCAGAUCAGCUGCUUCGCUCCCAAUAACUUCUCCUGGAGGCAGGCUGCUUAUGUGGACUCCUACUGCUGGGCGUCUGUGCACACACACACUGUACCUCUGUGGCUGCACAAGUUCUUCCCGUACAUCCUGCUGCUGGUGGCGGUGCUCAUGUAUGUCCCGGCUCUCUUCUGGAGGUUCUCUGCGGCCCCCCUCCUGCAGUCAGACCUCAGCUUCAUCAUGGAGGAGCUGGACCGCUGCUACAACCGCGCCGUCACUCUGGCCAAACGCAUGGCCACGUCGGGCCUUCUGGGCCCCGACAGCGACCCCACUGACGGGUGUUUUAACUACCCUCUGGUGGAGAAGUUUCUGAUGACGAAGCGCUUCUCCCGCUCCAUGCUGGUUUACUACCUGCUGUGCCGCGGUCUGACGCUGGUCACCCUGCUGUGUGCCUGUGUGUACCUGGGAUACUACCUCCGCCUGGCCUCCGUCACCGAUGAGUUUGGCUGUCAGCUGCGUGUGGGGCUGCUGGCCUCGGACCCGGGGGUCCCGGAGAGGGUGCAGUGUAAGCUGAUUGCUGUGGGGGUCUUUUCUCUGCUCAGCAUGGUGAACUUGGUCCUGUUCAUUGCGCUGGUUCCCGCAGUGAUCUAUGCUGGUUUCCGCCCCCUCUUCUGCAAUGGACAUGCACGCUUCCUGGAAACCUACCAAUCACUGCCCACCGUGAGCGUCCUGCCCGCCCCCAGCAGCCGGUGGGACGACCUCUCUCUGUAUCUGCUCUUCCUGGAGGAGAACAUCAGCGAACUCAAGUCCUACAAAUACAUCAAGGUGUUGGAGCUGCUGAGGAGACGGGACGGAUGCUCCGGAGAGGACUUCGAUGCGAUGGGGCUUCUGCAGACUCUCUACCUGGUGAAGAUGGACACUGUGGAUGGGAACAAGCAGGGGGGGGCUGCAACGAAACAGGAUUCAGUAAGGACGGGAGUAGAGAACUCUGGCAGUAGCCCCUCAGCUGCCAACAGUUCCACCCAUCCCAACUCCUCCGCAGACAACCACAGCAAGACGGCGACCGAGAUGAAAGAGCUCACUCCUCUGCUGCCAGGAAACUGCGACGUGACGGGCAGAGGGGGGGACACCGUCCGCCAGCGAGCGCAGUGAGGCUGGGUGGAAAUCAUCUCAUCUUCUACCUUGUUCAAACUAAUGUUUAUGUGCCUUUCUUUCAAAACCGAUCAAAACAACAAGCAGAGAUGUGUGUGUGUGUGUGUGUGUGUGUGUGUGUGUGUGUGUGUGUGUGUGUGUGUGUGUGUGUGUGUGUGUGUGUGUGUGUGUGUGUGUGUGUGUGUGUGUGUGUGUGUGUGUGUGUGUGUGUGUGUGUGUGUGUGUGUGUGUGUGUGUGUGUGUGUCCAAAUUAUUUUGGGUUUCAGGUUAAAGCACUACAGUACUAUGAUAUACUGAUCCACCCUAUGAAUUGUGGGAAAUUAUGCCUCAGGCUAAUGAACUUAAGUUUGAAUGCUGAUCAUUUCAAGAAUGUUCUGCUCUAGCUGUUUAGAAUAAUGCUAGGAUGUCAUACAUGAUUUCAUGUUAUUUCCUGAAUUCCUCUUUAAUAGAUGUGUAGGAGUAUAGAAAGUGUCAAACACCGAAGGGAAAUGUCAACCUUAAAUUCAAACUGAGAGUACGACAUUGUCUUAAUUGCAGUCGUACAGUUCCCUUCAGAAGAGGGGAUGUAUUUAUUUGCACUGUCAUUGUGGGAGGAUGUACUUUUGAUUUAUGAUCACAUUUCAAGACUCUAGUGAUGUCUACCACAGAUCAGCCGCAGCGCAGUGCUGUGGCGUUGUAUCAGAUGAAAGUUCUCAAAGUUUUGUUUCUUUGUAUGCUUUAUUCAAAUGAGUUGUUUUACAUGUCACGCCAACAGCGGUACAAACACAAACUGUUUAACGGGACAUUUAUAAAAAGAAAUGCUUCAAAUAGUUUGAACCUAAUGUUUAAAAAUAAUUUCUUUAGGUACCAGCUAAAGUUCUAUCCAGUGGGGUGCUUUAUGUUGAUCCAUCGGAGUUUAUUUAUUCUAUGUAGAUGUUUGGAUGUCUCAGCCUGGUCUUGAACAUGUACGGCUUGUUUGGGAGUCUCAGGGACAGUCACAUGGGAUCAGUUUACUCUGUGAGCCUCUUCCACUGUCUGUAUAUAUGAACUGCACUAAGUGGAACAUUUUGAACAUAUCAUUAGGAAGUUGCUGGGGUUAUAUCUCUUUAUUGCGUGUUUUAUAACUUUUUUCUGCUGUUUUUUUACGAGAUAGCUUAUUGGGGUCCCAUUUCUGUGCCUUUGGUUCUCUUUUAGUGUAAAGUCUUGGGAAGAUACUGACGCUUGUUGUGUGAGAAAACCUUUCCAGGGUUUGAUUCCUGACAGGACUUCAUGUUGGAAACUGCUGUAGUUCAUGUUUGAGAUACCAUGAAUGUUAACUAUGACACUUGUAGGACUGUCUGCAGUCUGCGAAAAAUAAAUAUGGUACAUUUUA